GGACGACAUUACACCAAAUUUCAGACUGUCUGCUAGCCAGGUCAUUAGUAUUGUGUAUAAACAUAUAAAGUGCAAAAGUCAUCGCAGACACUUCAGUAGAAGCACAGCCAGAAAAAACUUGGAAACCCACAGAUAUAAUGAAAGCUAUACUACUAGCGAAUGCAUCGCACUGUAUUCAACUUGGCGAUGCCGAAUUUAAUGUUACACUUUAAGCUGCACGGUCUCGGGCUUGCAGCUGCAAAAAGACAUCAACACUUCGCGCCUUGCUGAAAUGGGCGAGAAAAAUGGGGCGUGCUGGAAAGCGUCACUAGUGCGCUCUGUAGUUCUGCUUCAUCACCGCGGCCGCCGCGCGCCUCGACUUCAGGAGCGUGCGCUGCAUAAAACAGGGCGCGCCCAUGCCACCCAGCUGGAGGUCGUUAAAAACGCCUGUUCGACCGAGGCAACUUUUGAAAUCGAGGUCAACCAGCGGGCAGGCGCGUGACGAGCCCCGCCGGGCGGUAGUCAUGCUGCUCGUGCUCGUGGCCUCCCUCCUGGGCCAUGCGACGAGCCACGCCGAGCUGCCCUGGUCGCGAGUGGCGCCCGGUGUAUCCGCAGAAGCGUGCAACUCGGCGCCCGGCUCGGACGACCGACUCUACUGGCUCCGCGACGGCCAGCGGCUGCCGUCCCCGACGCCCGACCGGUUCUGGGAGCCCGGCGCCUACCUGUGUGUGCGUGAAGGGAACCGCACGGUUAGCUUGCUGCGCGCUCUGCUCGUGUCGGAAGAGGACGACCUCUGCGUCGCGGGCGACCGAAGUCGCCGACGUCGCGUGGCGGACGGCGUCCGCGCGCGCAACGCACCUUGGGUGGCGCAGCUGCUGGUGUCCGGGCGCUUCGCGUGCGGCUGCAGCCUGAUCGCCCAGCGGUGGGCCCUCACGGCCGCCCACUGCCUGCCGGAACGGGACGACGCCCAGCUGGCCGUGCUGCUGGGAGCGACGCGCCAGAGCGGCCCGCGGAUCGGCGUGCUGCGCGCCGUGCCACAUCCGGGCUACGUGCGCGGGACCCCGUCGCGAGAGCACGACGUCGCCUUGCUGCUGCUGGAACGGCGCUCCCAGCGUCUGGCCGUGGCCUGCCUGCCUCCCGCGGAGGGCUACCUCGAGCGCUUCUCCCAGGGCGUCCUCUUCGGCUGGGGCCGCGUCGGACCCCGCGGAGGACCCGCGCUUAAGCUGCAAGAGGCGUCGCUGCCCAUCGUCACCAGCCGCAAGCGCUGCGAGGCAGCCGUGGAGCACUUGGCGCGCACGGCGUUUUGCGCGGGCUUCGGCGAGGCUUACCGCGCCGACGCCUGCGAAGGAGACAGCGGAGGGCCUCUGGUCGGCUUCGCGGACGGGCGACCUGUGCUCUUGGGCGUCGUCAGCUGGGGACACGCGUGCGCCAGGCCCUUCACCUUCGGCGUGUACACGCGCGUGGACAGUUACUUGGCCUGGAUCCGUGGCCACGUCACGAACGCUUCAGAAGCCCGAUCACCGUCACUCGCAUAAUAAAAGCUUCCUUUUAACCCGA